CCUAUAAUAUCUGUUACCCUAGAUCCCCUGCAGAUUGUGCUUUGCAUGUAAGGUCAGUACAAUGGAAUUGUCCUGAGCAGCAGAGUGCAGUUGUGUUUAUGUGUUCAGAAUGAUGAAGUCCCAGUGGGCUGUAUUAAAUACUCUUCUUUCACCGUGACCAUCUCGCUGCCAGUGAGAUUCAUUGUGUGAGUGUGUGUGGCAGCCAAUCGCUGGUUCUGAGGACACAAGCGUAACUUAAGUUGCAGUAUAAAAGUACACAUGUAGAAUACAUGAUUUAACAUUGCAUUUGCUAGCUGCUCUCUUCUUAACAUAUUUCUUCUAGAACUCAUUGGGGGCUGAAAGAGAUUCUGCUGCAAAAAAAACUCCAAAUCUCCAAAUCCCAAUAUAAAAUAAUUACAUAGUCACUGAAUGAGAACAUGAUAAAAUUAAGUCUGUGCACUUUUUGCCUCUGUGCCUUGCUAGUACUCAGCCCUGUGGAUUUGAAUGACAGCAAUCCAGCUCCUGACAAAGAUACCUUGUGCAGUGCCUGCACCUGGAGACAGAACAACAAGUCUUCUAGACUAGAAGCCAUAAAACUACAGAUCCUGAGUAAACUACGUCUGGAGCAGCCUCCCAGCAUCAGCAAGGCUACUAUAAAGCAUCGCCUGCCCAAAGCUCCACCGUUAGAAGAGCUGAUUGACCAUUAUGAUGUGCAAGGUGAUGACAGCAGUGAAGGAUCUCUGGAAGAAGAUGAUUAUCAUGCAACCACUGAGACUAUCAUCACAAUGCCCACAGAGGCAGAUCCCUUAGCUACAGACAAACCAAAAUGUUGCUACUUUAAGUUCAGCUCAAUAAUGCAAUACAACAAAAUUGCAAAGGCUCAACUGUGGAUAUAUUUAAAACCAGUACAGAGGCGUACCACAGUAUUUGUGCAGACCUUUAGACUUGCUAAGGGAUUGAAUGAUGGCACCAGGUCUACCGGAAUUAGAGCACUGAAGCUUGAACUAAGUCCAGGUCCUGGAACUUGGAAAAGCCUGGACGUAAAAACAGCUCUGCAAAACUGGCUAAAACAACCAGAAUCCAACCUAGGCAUCGAGAUUAAAGCCACUGAUGAAAAUGGAAAAGAUGUUCCAGUAGCCCACCGUGGAUCGAAUGAUGAUGGACUGAGUCCUUUUAUAGAGGUAAAAGUUAUGGAUACGCCAAAAAGGUCCCGUCGCGACUUUGGUCUUGACUGUGAUGAGCAUUCUACUGAAUCUCGGUGCUGCCGCUAUCCACUGACAGUGGACUUUGAAGCAUUUGGGUGGGACUGGAUCAUAGCACCAAAACGAUACAAAGCCAACUACUGCAUUGGAGAAUGUGGAAUUGUGUUUCUUCAAAAAUAUGCCCAUACUCACAUAAUUCAACAUGCCAACCCAAGAGGCUCCGCAGGCCCAUGCUGCACCCCAACAAGAAUGUCUCCGAUAAAUAUGCUAUAUUUCAAUGAAAAUGAACAAAUCAUUUAUGGAAAAAUACCGGCAAUGGUGGUAGAACGCUGUGGGUGCUCUUGAAUAUACAAGAAAAAAUGUGUAUAAAUCUUCCUCCCUUCAUAUACUGAAACCAUCUGUACACUAAGCUAAAGAAAGCAACCCUAAAUACAGGGUUAAUGUAGUAGCACGAUGUGUUAUAUAAACUACAGGAAGACAAUAUUAUACAUGUUACUGAAAUUGGUAAUGUGUAUAUGUACAAAGAAAAUAUUUCUGUUCUGUUUCAACUUUUUCCAACCCGAAGGACAAUUAAAUCUAUUCAAUAUAUUUUAUAUGAAGUAGAAUACAAUAAAAUACAUUUUUUACAUUUAAUGCUUAAAAGCAAUUUGCUACAUCCGUAUUGAUUUCUUACAGCAAAAACAGACUUUUUUUUUAAUGUGUCCUUUUUGAAUAUGAUUGUGGACAAUUUCAGAAAAUGGCAAACUAUUGUGCCUAGUUACAAAUUAAUGUAGAUAAUAUAUAAAGUCAGUUUUCUUUAUCAGAACACUAGGCUAUUGUGACAAAGGGAGAUGUUUUAUUUACUAACUAUCUACAUAAUUUCCCAUAAUUUUUAGCCAGCAAGUGGUUUGCAUGAAACAUGGUAUACCUAGUCAAGCAAAUGACAAGGUUUGACUUCUGAAUUGUAAAAUUAAAUGUGAAGAUGGGUCAAUAUGUGCCCCUAAUGACCAUAGCAUACUGGGUAACAUGAUAUUCAGAUAUUUACAUAUGUGUCGCGAUAUAUAUCGUCCUAGCCCUGCGAGAAGAAAUUCAUCCCUGAUGAAUAUGCCAUGGAUCUUCAGGCUCGGAGUGGCAAGUAAGUUAUAAUGCCUGGCUAGCAGCCUAGAGCGUGACAUUUUAAGCCCUGGGAUAUAUGUGUGUGUGUAUAUAUAUAUAUAUA